AUGGCCGGCGACGCCACGCCUCUAUCUUUGCGCCCAUUUCCUGUGGCUGACAAGAAGCCCAAGACCAUCUCCGACUUCAUCGGCCGUAUCAACACGCAGUCGGGUGGAUUCCGCGAUGUCACAGAAGUAAAGCUCCGUAACGAGAUAGCACGGCAAGCCCAAGCUGGCCCUCCGAACGACGAUGCCGACAUGUCUGAUGGGGAUGAGGAGGAAGAGGAAGAGGACGCCGAUGAAGAAGAGAUUGAUCCUUUGCAAGCACGGGAGCAGGUGCUGAGAGAAAUCGACAUAGCAGCCUAUCAUGCCGACGCGACCCUCAACACCGUGUCUCUCCUCCUAUCCAAGCAGAACCCGACGACCGCUAGUCUGACGCUCAACAAGCAGCUCCGCGAGACCGUCGGCAUUGGCACACUAGGCGCAGAUCGACUCGAGCGGCCCAAGGAUGACCUUACCAAGGCUGAGGAUCAGCGUCGGAUUGCUGUUGGGUGGACUCUCAUGGACAUCGACAACACGAGGAACUCGGCAGAGGCGGCGUGCGCAUUUCUGCAGAAAGAGGUUGAUGCCGAGAACAAAUAUUGGGAAGAUGUCGCCGGCGUGCAAGGUAGCGGCUGGUCAAUAUGCAGAAUGCCUCAAGAGAGGACCACUCUUGGGGUGCGGUUUGGGUUCUCAGAGUCUGCCGCCGAAUUCAAAGCCAACGGUCUCGCGCCUCUGCGAAGAAAUAACGAUGGGUCGGUGCAGCUAGAUCUUGGACGCCUAGGUGGUGUCUCUGAACGACUUCUCGUCACAUACGAACGUGACGGCAACGUCAUGGGGCGUUCGACAAUUGGUUCGCAGCCCUCUGCAGAUGCGCCUCUAGAGGACCGUGUCCUCGAGGCACGCAACACACUACUUGCUCAGGAGCUUUGGUUCGAGCUUAGCCGGGAGGCGCGCACCUUGACGGCCUUGGGCGUUCAGCUUCAAGGGUCGACGAUUACCUUCAACAUGGGCCGCAAAUCAAGAAUCAUCCUAGAGCUUGUGUCGCUCGACUCAGCUCCGUCGCCGGACUCGUCGCUGCCGGAAAAUGAGACCGCAGAGGGCCUGUCACUGGCCCUGCAUAUACUUCUGAGCUACACGCACCGGAACAACGAACAGAUGCGUACUAGACCACUACCGCCGCAAGUGACACGCUCCAGGGGCCAACAGCCAUAUGCCCUCUUGCGACCCCUCAUCGGGCGGACGACAUACCUACACAACCUAUCCGCAUCAACCAAGCGCAUAGGUGCCCUGGCCCAGACGCUCCAAGCCGCAGGCCUCCCCUCAACCUUCACUGUCGUGACAACUACACCCGCCGUGCCAGAUACAUCACCUGCGACUCACGCGCCCAACACCUCCGCAGCGCAUACACUCGUGCGAAACGAGUUUCAGCCGCCCGAAUUGACAAUAACGCUGUCGUUUUUCGAUGACGUGACAAUCACGGUUCGCGGGCAUAUUCCGUCUCUGAUGGCCUAUCUCCGCAUCGCCUGCGUCAAGGCCCUCACGCACAACAUAUUUUCGCGCUAUGGAGAGAAGCAUUGGAUCCUGGGUGCGACGGGGGCGGCCAUUCAAAAUCAAGAGGGGACAUUCGAACUGCGAUUCGAUAUCAAGAGAGAGCAAGGCGAACCGGCGAUUUCUCUUGUCCAUGUGACUCACAGAGGACAACCAGAACUAAAAGAGUAUGUCUGGAAAGACAAUGAGCAGGAAUCGGUGGAGGGCACUCUGCCACAAAAGGUUGGCCAAAUUGUUGACGAGGGGAAAAGAUAG